AUGCAGGCCGGGCCCUCCUCUUCAACCCCAGAGAGAACUCUCAGGACUCAGUUGCCUGAGACCAACACUGUGAUUCAGAUGAUGGAGAAUCUUCUCAUUACUCUGAAAAGCCUUAGCGCCACAUGGCUGAGCCCCAGCCCCACUACCUUUGUGACCGAUAUGAUCCUUGCCUUUGCAGGUGGAGUGGGGCUCUUCCUUUUGUUACUGCCGUGCCUCCAGGGUGAACCAACCUUACAACCAUCUAGGAAAAAGAGAAACAUCAAAAAGCAUCCAGUGCUGAUGAGGUGGAAGAGCAGGAGUAGGAACAGGAGAAGGAAGAGGACAGCUGCUCUCCUAGACUACCAGAUUUACCGGAAGUUGGAUAAGAAGCUAAUUCCCCUUCUAAACAGAUUGCAGAGGCUGCUCCCUGGCCAAGGAAGCUCUCAACAGCCCGCACACCAACACCACCCUGCUAAUGCGGGUACCAGAGCACCUGUCACAGCCCCACAGCCCGAUGGGGAGGAAGCAGACCCUGAUGCUCCAUCCCUGUUACUCAUCGCAACUGAAAUUCAACACUCAGGAAGGCCCUUGUCGAAGAAACACCUAGAAGAUGGACGGACUGUUCCCUCAGCAGUCCGAAGCCCUCAGGAGGGUUACUGUCCCUCCACUUCCAACCUUUGCCAAGGCAAGGGUGCUGCUGCCACCCUUCGUGAGAGUUUUCCAAUCAGCUCUGAGCUCCAGGAAAAACUAGAGCAACACAUUCGAAAACGUCAUGUUCAACACCAGCAGGACCUGCCCUGCAGGAUCCAGGAGUCUCCAGAACUACUCACACAGCAUGAGUGUGACUUAGCUCAUUCACCUCAGGUAAAGGACAAACCUGGGCUCUCACAGUCAUCCGUGUCUACAGAUGAAUGCAGCAAGGAUGGGCAGAAGAUGAGGGUCCAGCUAAGGAAGGACUCAGGCAAGAAUCUGGGGCAUAUUCUAGGCAAGGCCCCCAAAGAUCUCUCCAGGGCCCUAGGAAGCUCCCCAGGGAAGGUUCUGGGGGCAACCUCUGAGGAAUCAGAGAGAAACCCGAUGUGGCCCAUAGACAGUGACACAAGAAAUGACUCAUUUGGAAGCAGAGAUAAGACACGUCUAGAAGCUGUGCUGAAACCACAUUUGGAUGUGAAGAUGUGGCAGAUCCGUGAGGGGCUGAUCCCUCUGAGAGCACGCCGGUCCUGGCUCGCUGUAAACGGUGUCUUUUCCAAGUCUCACACCCACAAGGAAACCAAAAAUCCAGCAUCCUCCAGGAGUCAGGAAACCCAUGUGAGCACCAUCCAGAAGUUUUUCUCCAAUCCACGCACUCAGCAGGACCUGGAGAUGCAGAGUACAAGGCGUAGGGUGAGGCACAGGUGGGGCCUCCCCCUCAAGCUCCUCAAGGUUGUAAACAUCUUUAAGUCUACAAAGGCUGCGCCCUCACCCUUUCCACAGUGUGCCCAUCCCUCCUCCUCUGGUGAUGUGUCCCGGGACGACUGGGCAGUGGCGGAUGAUGCCACGUUCCUGGGAAAACCACCUCAGGGAUGUCCGGGAGAGGAGGCGACAGUCAGGCAGUCUGUCCAUGCACUGGGCAGUCUCCUUGUCUCCUUUCUUUUGGGUAAGGAGACCGAGAGGGCCCUGGAAGGGAUCCCUCUUGGUGACGGCCGGGGGUCCUCAGAGGCCCCCCUCACUAGACAGGACAGCGCAGGGCCUUCACAGCAACUCACAUCCAGCCUCACGGGCAGAACCCGUGAGAGCAGCACCACCCAAAGAGAAAGGCCCUUGCUUCCUGCAAUAUGUGCUGCCCAAGAGGCAGGAGAGCCAGGCCUUGGGGCAGACACUGGGAGCAAGUUUCAGCAUGGAGUGGAGGUCAAGUCACUGAGCCACUCUCAAGUCUGUGUCUCAGAUGUCCACCUUCCAGACUCUUCCACUGUCUCUCUCUGUUCUUCACCCCCUUUGGCGUCUGUGGUGUCCCAGUGCCAUCAACACAACAUGCCUCUAGAGGACAUGCUAACUUCACAGCUGUCAGGUGACCUAAUGGCAGACACAGGGAGCAGCCUGGGGCAGCAGAAGCCCUUGAUCCUGAAACAUCAGCACUCACCAAAGAGCCAAAGCAAGACACCUGUCUCUGCUGACAAGCAUGAGGUUGGUAGGAGCUCCAGCUCAGGAAAAGAUGAAGACAAGUUGGGAGACUUGGGGACCUCUGAGCCCACCCAGGAUGGGGGAAUAGAAGACACCUUAGAGAGUAAACAUCUUCAGCUCCCACAAAAGAAACCAGUCCCCUCAGACGACUACUUCCAAAAAAGCAUGAAGACAUCUCUACAGCAGGUUUUACCUAAGAAAGAAAUCAAAGGGCAAGAAGACAACCAGAAAAAUGGCAAGCCUGCACCUGCCACGACCCAGAAUCAUAGACCAGCCAAAAACAGACCUCGUGUGGACAACAACACUGAUAAGCCUCAAUGGCUCAAGAUAACACUUGGGCAGAUGCUAGAAGCCAAAACGAUGCUUCAGCCUGAACUUUGUGCCUUGAAGUUCAAUCAGCACAAAGAGGAAGAAGGUCACACUCCAAUGUCCCAGGUUUCCUGUUCCUCAGAGCACAGGAGAAAGCCAGGACAUGCAGCCACCCCCAAGCGCCACAGCUGUCCUACCAGGGAGAGGCACCCCCAUGGCCAAGAGUCCUUGAAAACUGGACAGCUCAACAGUGAGCAGCAGGGCCAGAGGCAUGCCCAUCCCUCCUUCCCCAUCAAGGCUGUGUCCCCAGUCAGCCCCUCCCAGUGUGGCCCAACAGCGUCCAGGGCACCAGGCCAACAACAUUACUGUCCAAGGCAUGGUCUUCUUCAGAGAGGUGUCUUGACUGGACAAUAGAGAAAUUUCUCUCCAGUCUUUCUUGGUAGGAAAACACAUGUCCAGGAAAAAAUUAGCUAUGUAGAGGAAAAUGAUUUUUCUCAUGUUAUGCAUCCAAGAUAUUUACUGUACCCCAAUACAUGGAUGUUUCCUCCUAAGAGAAAUGGCCUCUGUGUGCUCUGUGCUUGGUGUGGGCUCUGGUGUCUACAAGGGAGCAGUGUGGUGGAGGUGACAGAGGGGUACAAGCCCAGCUUCACUCUUAGUUCCUUCACUGAUCCUUUUCCACUGCUCCCUGCUCCCCUACUGAAUAUUAAAUUGUGAUCUAACAAAUAUCUUGACUUUUUUUAU